UCUACCGGAUACCACACCAAACUUCCCAACCAGCCUUUAGCACCACGUCCAAACAGAGAAGGCUUCACCGUCUUCACCAUGGCCUCACUCAGCAAAGCAAAUGCUGAAUUCUGCUUUGACUUUUUCAAAGAGGUCCAGAAAUCAAAAAGAAAAGAAAACAUCUUCUUCUCCCCUCUGAGCAUCUCUUCGGCCAUGGCCAUGGUCCUCCUGGGUGCUAGAGGCAACACGGCCAAACAGAUGGAAAAGGUGCUUCAUUUUGAUGAAGUUUCAAGUUCUUCUGGAGGAAGUACAAACCAUGGUAGCUCUGAGUGUGAAGAAACUGGAGAAGUUCAUUCUCAGUUCCAGGCACUCUUAUCAGCAAUCAACAAGCCCAGCACCAAUUUUUCUCUAAGCAUUGCUAACAGGCUGUACAGAGCAAAGGGUUUUCACUUCCUUGAGGCAAUAUCAGUGUUUUUAAUUUUGCUUUCAUUCCAGUUCAGAUCGAAGCAAUACUUGAAGUGCACAGAGACACUGUACCAUGCUGAGCUGGAAGCUGUUGACUUUAGGAAUGCUCUAGAAGAAACCAGAAAAAAAAUUAACACCUGGGUGGAAGAACAGACCAGUGGUAAAAUCAAAGAGUUGUUCGCAGAGCACGUUCUAGGUUCAGAUACUAUCCUGGUGCUGGUCAAUGCUAUCUACUUUAAAGGAAAGUGGACUUCAGAAUUUAAGAAAGAAGACACCAAGGAAAGACCUUUCAGGUUAAACAAGAAUCAGACCAAGAAUGUGCAGAUGAUGUUUCAGAAUGGCUACUACAAUCUGGCCAUCAUAGAGGAACCUGAGAUUCAAGUGCUGGAACUCCCCUACGGUGAAAAAGAAGAAGGAGAACUGAGUAUGUUCAUUUUUUUACCAAAAGAUAUCAAGGAUAACUCCACUGGCCUGGAACAGCUUGACAGUGCACUCAUCUAUAAAAAUUUUGUAGAGUGGACCACGAUGAUGGAGAUGCAUAAACGAAACGUGGAUGUGUACCUGCCCCGAUUCAAGAUGCAGGAAAGCUGUGACCUUGGGGAAACUCUGCAGGCUAUGGGGAUGUGCGAUCUGUUUGACUCUUUGACGGCUGAUUUAUCAGGAAUGACUGGAAACCAUGAUCUGGCUGUGUCCAAAGCCAUCCAUAAAUCUUAUGUGGAUGUUAAUGAAGAGGGCACUGAAGCAGCUGCUGCUACAGGGGUUGUAGCAGGUGUUACAAGUGUUGGGAUGUCUUAUGAGUUUAAGGCUGACCACCCCUUCCUCUUCCUUAUCAAACACAAUGUAAACAACAGCAUUCUCUUUUUUGGCCAAUGUACCUCUCCUUAACUAGAGGGCACUUUGAAACAAUAUAGGAAGACCUACAACCUUGUUGAAGUGAGGAUAAAAGAUAAUAUUUCUCAAGUUUUUUGAAAUUUUGCAAAUUUGAAAUGAGAGACUUUUUAAUGCAAUGGCUUCUAAGAAAAGUCUCCUAAUACAGUGGCCAGCAACCUUUGACAAGCUGUGGCCAAAACCAUACAGCUCCAGUCUGGUGUGGACCAAGUGCCUUUAGCAGCACAUUGGCAGUGGGGAGUUUUUCCUGCGCCCAAGCCAGGGUCAGGCAUCUAGGAGCUGUGCCUGUGCCACUGCCACUGCUUCUCUCAGCCCCCUAUCCCCUGGCUGGGGGGGAGAAUGCAGCUUCCCACUGGCUGAAAGCUGUGCCUAUGCUACAACUGAGGGAUGGUGGUGGCGAUAAGUGGCAGAGGCGCGGGUGCAGCUAGAAACUGCCCAGCUCUUGCACAAACCCUUGCUGCCUGACCUUGACAUGGGGGCAGGUGCAGGCACAGGCAAAGCUCUCCACCUCCAGUGGUUCUGCGGACUGAAUCUGAAUAUGUUGCUGGCCCCUCUUCUAUUAUGUUAUUGUCUUUUGCCUUUAUAUUGCUUAGAACUUACUGUCUUUAUAUUGGUUAUCAUAAUGUAACCAAAGCAGCUAUCUCCUAAAUUUGAAAUCAUUUUGACUCCAUUACGUGCUCUUGUUUCCAUUGUCAUGACCCAAAGGUCUGAUUUUUUGUGUGUGCUUCGGCACUCGAAUUAUCCCCAUGGGUUUACAGCUUCAUUGCAUGGAAGAGUCCUGCUGCACAGAGAACCUGCGUGCAAAGGAGUGUUCCCGCCACUUUGCAGCGGUCUUUGCAGGGUGCAUUUCCUUUGCAACACAGAAAUGCACGGUGCAAAGGAGUUCCCACUCGUUGUAUGCAAAUUCGUGUCCCGCUAUUGGCUAGUGCUAAAUUAUUCCCACGUGGCGGCUAGCGAUUGGCCUGCUAGCCGUAUAAGAGGCUUGAGCAGUUUCCGCCCAAGCCGAAGAGGACUCCACAUCCAUCUCGUGGGGACUCUGGGUGUACGCGGCAGGGUAAUAGAAACCCUGUGUGUUGCUCAGAGGAGUUUGGCGGCCUGAUCCACCGCCCACCUCUUCCCGUCUUCGAACGGAGCCUACUAUAAGACGUACCGACGAGUUUUAUGCGCGCUUGUCCUGGACAUCUGGAGUUCUGUCUACGUGGAGCCUAGCAAACUCCACGUGAUUGUUCGUGUUUUGUCUGCGUGGAGCCUAGCAAACUCCACGUGUGUUCGUGUUUUCUGUUGUAACCGCAACUCAAGCAAGUCUCCAGCCUGCACCGCGACCAUCUCGGUGUCAGUAAACAAUCUUAAAAUCAACCGUUACGUGUCUGUGCCUAAUUCUAGCUCGGCGCCUGCCCUCUCCGACCCGGCCUGCCCGGGCUGCCAGCCACAGCCCGCGUGCAGAGCAACGAAAAGGGCCCGGGGCCUGACCCGGCCCGCACAUGGCGACGAGGAUGGGAUCAGGAGAGGGCUCGCUAGAGUUAGAAUUAGUUGAGAACUGCCCUUGGAGAAGUGGGAGACACAGCGUAGCAAGCAUCGCAGAACUGGAGGCGCACAUCGCGUACCACCAGGCAGGCGGAACGGGCAGGAGAUGUGUCCGUGGACACCUUUCACUAAGGGGAGAAGAGGGAACUCCAGAAGUCGGAGCCCUAGAAGGGAAAGAAGUGUGUCUGCACCCCGCGGCAUUCAGGUGUAUUAUGAGCGAUGAGCGGGUCCUGUACAGGCCCCUCAAUAGUGUAACCCUUGCCGAAGUCGACCCGGCGAGCGCAGUAAGCCUGACCCCCACCCGGGAGUGUGUCCGUUGCUCACGGUGUGCCCGAGAGAUGGGAGAGAUGAUGCCAAUCGGCUGGUUCUCCCCUUGCAUGGUGGUGCCUAGACUAAGGAGUCGAGAGCGUCCGUCCGAGCUCUGCGAAGACCCGGAGACGGAGGACUGCACCGUAAAUGAGAGAGUGGUCCUACGGUGCAACAAGGGGGGAAAACUAAAUGCAACCUUUCAGACUAUGACUGAUCUGAUGAGUGAAACUUUAAGCUUGAAGACCCAGCUGCGUAUGGCCGUUCGGGUGGUCGGAGAAGCGGCUGAGAAAGGGGAUCUUAAACUGCCCCGACAAGAUGGCGCCGAGCAGAGGGAAGACUGCGUGGAGAAGCCGGAAGAGAGGGAUGGAGCUUCGGGAGAGCCCGCGAGGGUUCAGCCGGUGACUCCGCCCAGCGACGCAGCGUCGAUUCUGCCGACCACGCCCCUCUGCCGAAGGGAGGGGGAGUCAAGCGGAGGAGUGCAUCCGCCCCUCCCGCCUGAAACAACAACAACCCCCACUGUAACAAUGACUACAGCUCUGACAGAAACAGCAACAGCAACGACAACUCGCGAAGAAAUUGAUCAGCCUGCAGCAUCGAGCAGCCCAGUCAUCGGUCUGCAGAGUGCAGUUCAAGCUACCACCUAUUACACUCGUUCCAGAGUCGAACUGCAGAAUUUGUGUAGAGAAUCCAGGAUCCGAUCCGAGGAAACUCUGGCUGUGUGGUUAGGACGUCUGGUCGUGGAACUUGGGUCCGACCUCCUGGACCAGGAAGAAGCAAGCUUCUUGGUGAGACAAGCUUCAUGGAGUAGGGGACAUGUUACCGACAUCGACAUGGUGGCGUUUAGCGUCCACUGGCCUAUUCUGAUUCCAGUGCCUGUGGCAGGAGUGAUCGAACAGAAGGCCCACGCAUGGCACGAUGGAUGACCAGAGCACACCGGUGCAGAACAACUUGUACUGGCUAUUAUCGGAGUUUCGUAUUGCGCCUGGAACCCACGAAUAUGCACGUUGGGACUAACACCACUCCAACAAAUGUGACCGUGGCCUCACCAUCACCUGCGAGACCCUGGAACCGUUCCAGUGACCCUCGACAGCAUAGACAGUUGUCUUAAGGUUUACAGGCAAAGAAACAUUGUGGUUUUGCGGAUUGUGCUGAACCCACUGGUCGAUCAUCCUGUGAGUAGUCUCCUUCAUCAGUUGUCAAGACUGCGCGUCCUAAUGGAGCCAAGACUAUCCAGUGAUCGGGAGUGUCAAUGCCCGACUGAGGCUCAGAACAUGAAACACCACGAAUCCGAACGUCCAGUAUUACGCCAGAGAAUGCAAGAGGAGCGAAACAUGUUUGGAUUCCUCCUACAGCGUUCUGGACUUAAUAAGAGACAGCUUCAGAUUUUGGGAGAUGCGGGACAAUGACAGCUAGCCUACGAGUUAGGUUUUCACUAUCUAGAAGAAGGCGAUGAUGACUCCUCGACGAUUUCGUCGAGUUGCUGAGCAUGAAAAGAAAGAGAGCUGUCCAGUAUAAAAUCGUGUUUACAUAUUUGUAUUUAAUAGUGAUGAUAAGUUUAAUCGACUGCAUUAUCAUGCGGUCCUGUGUGAUUUUAUAAAUAGUAGUGAAAUAACCAUUUUAAGAGAGUUCUUUUACAGAUCAGGGAUUUGGAGUGCGUGGUGGAGAGAGGCCCCGAGAGGGACAACAUCAUCAAAAGGAACGAAGGCCUGACGCGCAAUUCCACCAUGACGCCCACCGAAGUCAUGAUCGUUCAGUUUUUUGUUAUGAAUGUGAUUUUAUGUAUAUGUGUGUGUGUCAGUUAUUAUUUGAUUCGAUCCCUUGAGGAUGAACUUUUAUUGUUGACUGAUUUUGUUUUUGCUCGUUUAGUUUCGCGAACCAUUGACAGAGCUGUUAAUAACCCGGAUGAUGAGUUUGAAGUAUAAUUCUAUUGUGCCUUCAGCAAGGGGGGGAUGUCAUGACCCAAAGGUCUGAUUUUUUGUGUGUGCUUUGGCACUCGAAUUAUCCCCGUAGAUUUACAGCUUCAUUGCAUGGAGGAGUUCUGCUGCACAGAGAACCCGCGUGCAAAGGAGUGUUCCCGCCACUUUGCAGCGGUCUUUGCAGGGUGCAUUUCCUUUGCAACACAGAAAUGCACGGUGCAAAGGAGUUCCCACUCGUCGUAUGCAAAUUCGUGUCCCGCUAUUGGCUAGUGCUAAAUUAUUCCCACGUGGCGGCUAGCGAUUGGCCUGCUAGCCGUAUAAGAGGCUUGAGCAGUUUCCGCCCAAGCCGAAGAGGACUCCACAUCCAUCUCGUGGGGACUCUGGGUGUACGCGGCAGGGUAAUAGAAACCCUGUGUGUUGCUCAGAGGAGUUUGGCGGCCUGAUCCACCGCCCACCUCUUCCCGUCUUCGAACGGAGCCUACUAUAAGACGUACCGACGAGUUUUAUGCGCGCUUGUCCUGGACAUCCGGAGUUCUGUCUACGUGGAGCCUAGCAAACUCCACGUGAUUGUUCGUGUUUUGUCUGCGUGGAGCCUAGCAAGCUCCACGUGUGUUCGUGUUUUCUGUUGUAACCGCAACUCAAGCAAGUCUCCAGCCUGCACCGCGACCAUCUCGGUGUCAGUAAACAAUCUUAAAAUCAA